UAAUGUCCCAUUGGGGCAUGCGCUAAGGGGGCAUCCAAGAUGGCGGCUUCUCGACGAAUUUUUACUCAGCUUCGGAAUUCGACGACACUUUUGACCAAAAAUGUCCCUACUAGCGGUACAAGAAGGGGCACAGCAGUGCUGUACGCUGCGGGGGCAGUCGGCGCGAUCACCGGCCUGGUCUACGCCCGAAGGAGGCGCGGAGAAGCCGCCAUACAAGUCGGUCUACCAGUGGUGAUGGCGAAAGAGGAGGAGGAGAAGCGAAAGUUCUGGCAGCGGGCCCCUCCGCAGCACAAGAUGUCCGACCGUGAGCGCCGCUUCCGCGAGUUCUCCUCGGUAGAGUACAAAGGUCAGAUGUACAUGACCCCCAGGGACUUCCUGGAGUCAGUGACGGAGGAAAGGCCUAGACCACGUAUCGGUCGCCGUCCCCUGAUGGAUGAUGAUGUGUCUCACAUGUUGAAGAAGACCCCCUCACGACACAAGGGUUCUACCAAGUUCUUCCGCUCCAUGCAUGAGGAAGGAAUCAUCUCUUUCACAGAGUACCUGUUCCUGCUCUGUAUCCUCACAAAGCCUCAUGCAGGGUUCAACAUUGCUUUCAAUAUGUUUGACACGGAUGGAAACCAGCGGGUGGACAAGAAUGAAUUCAUGGUGCUCCAGGAGAUUUUCCGCAAGAAGAACGACAAGAGGAAGGCCAAAGAGGAGGCGGAGGGCGUGAGUGCCGUACAGAAAUAUACCUCCUCAUCUCCUAUCCAGUUAGAGAGAUCUUGGGGUAGAUCAGUUGGCAACAGUAAACUGCUGGCGGACGGAAAUGUGCAGGACACCACACUCCUGGUGCACCUGUUUGGUGUGAAGGGAAAGGACGACCUCAAUUUCCAAGACUUUUACAAGUUCAUGGACAAUCUGCAGACUGAGAUUCUAGAGCUGGAGUUCCUGGAGUUUGCCCGCGGAAUGCCGACCAUCUCGGAGAUCGAGUUUGCCCAGAUCCUGCUGCGUUACACACAUCUUCCCGACGCUGCACAUGACGCCAUCAUCGAGCGACUCAAGGACCGCAUCCCAGAAGAGAAGUCAGAUGCUGGAACAACAGCAGAAGGAAAACAUGAAAAGAAACAAAGGGGCAUCACCUUUGACCAGUUCAAGCCCUUUUUCCAGUUCCUGAACAAUCUGGAUGACUUUGCCAUCGCCAUGCAAAUGUAUACAUUUGCCAACCAGCCCGUGGAGCAAGCUGAGUUUAAGAGAGCUGUGAAGGUGUCGACAGGGAUCGACCUGGCGCCCCACGUCAUCAACACCGUGUUCCAGAUCUUUGACGAGGACGGAGACGGAAAGCUGAGCCACAAGGAGUUCAUCAGUGUGAUGAAGGACCGCAUCCACCGGGGAUUUAGGAAGAAAAAGGCUGAGAGUGAAUCUUACCACGGCUGGGAAGGCUACAAGACUUGUCUUAAAGAUGUGAUUACAGCUUAAGUGUUGCACCUCGCUCCUACCAUGUCCAACCCUAUCCACAGUCACCUGAUCAAGCAUGAGGGUUGGGAUGGCUACAAGGCGUGUGUUGUGCAUGAGAUGAGACAGGCUGCACUACACCAGUAGUCACCUCAGAGUCACCUGCACAGAACUGCUGCAGUAAUAGUCCUCACUAGUAGUCACCUAUAGAUCUGUGACAGGAUUCAUACACACUCUUGGGACUGCGAUCAAAUUGUAGUAGAUGUAGUUAAAAUUUCAAGACCACUCUGAGAAAAAGGCUGGGUAAAAUUUAAAGUCCUCACACCAGAUGGCAUACAGAGUGGCACCCAUGUCUGUUUCAAUAGCCCUCUGGCCACACAUUAACUUUCUGCAAUCCCUACAGCAGGGGAGCAGCUCAAUGGUAGUGGUGUGUGUGUUCAUCUACCCUGCUCUAUCCCAAAUGCUGAUUGCUAAGCAGAGAAAGCAACAUGUACCAUUUUUAAAGUCUUUGGUCUCGGCCGGGAUUGAACUCACGACCUACCGGAGGCAAGACAAAUUGUCCACUCAAUUGGCCAUUUCACCAAGUUAAUUGUUCCUUGCCAAUUGCCACAAGAUCUUUGCCAAAUGGCACAUGAGUGUUCACAUGACUGUGUUUUGAUGCCAUUAUAAAGUCUAUAGAUGUCCAUCUUGAAUGUCAAUGUUCAGAGUUGUAUGAAUCCUGUCAUUUAUUACUUAAAUAAUAACACAGUCUGAACUAAUGACAGCCAGUAGGUGGAGUUUAUUAUAGGCAGGCAUUAACUUCACAAGAAUUGUAACAACAAGUUGGCUACUACUAACAUGCGUAAACAACAGUUCUUCUACAUGUAACUUACUUAAAAAACAUACUAAUUCAAAAGUAUAACUUACUAAUCUACAUUGAGCUGUCACAAGAGUUGUCUUUUUGGUAGCAUGCUAAAAUAAGGAUCAGUGUUAAAGUACUGAAUGGAUUUGUGAAGCUAAGAGUUACCAAUUAAAUCCAUUCAAUACUUGAAUACUUACCCUUAUAUAUAUUAAAAAAGAAAGGUAAGAGUUGAUAUCUAGAUAUAACGCAGCUAGCAAUACGUUUUAACAACAGCUGAGUAUAUAGAUAUAUGCAAAAUAUUGUUGCUUUAAGGUCUAAUGGCUUGAAUGUAUUGUACAUCAAAAUAGAACUUGUGUCAUAAUGUUUCAUGUAGUGCACGGCACUGGUAUGUCUAAUACAUUGUCAACUGACAUCUGCACAUACCAUGACUAACAAUUAACAUUUUAGAGAAAUAUUACAAAACACCAUUUACCUUAGAUGAACAUUAUGCUGAACAUGAUUAUUAUCAGCCCUGCUAUAGUAGAUAGUACCAGUUGGUAGUAGCUAGAUUGUAGUUUUACCAUUCUAUCCAAGAAAACUUUUCAGCCUUUCAUGGUAUAGACUUUUCCCUCUAGUGUAUUAAAAGCUCCAUGCUCCAAAAACUUACUGUUUGUGCCAUUAGGUAUGAUUGAAACCAGGAAGCAAUAAUUACAUUGUAUUAUAUUAUAUUAUAUUGAUUAGAAAUAUUGUGAAAUCAAUGCAAAAUGCGGCAUGAUAUGUCGCACAGUAUAAUCUGGAAUUUAAAUAUUCUGACAUCUGACAAUCUUCAGCAAACUUUUAUAAUGGAAUGUUAUGAAGCUUAGACCAAGCUACUUGCUAAGACAGAGGCUUUGUAUAUAGAAAAUAAGUUGGACUUCUGUUCUUUUGGUUGGAAAGUUUGAUAUUUGACUUGCAAAUAAUUUGGAAUAGAGGUGGUUUGAGUUAUGAUAUGAGAUCGGAUCACAACGGGUACUUGUACCAUAGUUUGAAUGUGCCGCUUUCUUCUUAUGCAUGGGUGAAAAUCUCAAGGGAAGAUACAAGUGUGUGAUUUAACAAUAUCAAUAUUACAAAUAUUAAUAUUAGGCUAUUGAUUUAAAUAUCUUAAUGUGGUCAAUGCACCUGUAGAUUGAGAUUAAUUUAGUAAUUGAACUUGUUCAACUUCAAAAUUAAUUGUAUUUAAAUUGCAUGCCAAAGACAAGAGAGUUAUCGUCAUUGUCUUUUUUUUCAUAAGAAGCAACCAUUAUUGUUAUUCAACCAUUAUAAGGUUAGUCACUAGGUUUCAUAAAAUACUUUCUGAUGAUGUUUAAACAGUCUGUUAUUCACAACAUUUGGAUGGCGAAAGAUGAUUAGAUUUUACAAGGUUGACAUAACAUUUUAUGAUUUUGUUUGUAUACUGUUUGAAAGGGGGUCUAUAUUGGGCAAAUUAUUCAUUGUAUGGUCUAUUUGUUUUGCAUUUUGUGUACAAAUGUGGAUUUUAUUUAUUGUUUUGUGGGCGUGCUGUCUUUGUCCAUCAACGCUUAGAAGGAUGAAAUUCGAUUAAAGACACUCGUUGAAACAA